AAACGCACGCUCGGAGCAUCAGCAGCAGUAGUGGUGAUGCUCUCUGCAUGCCGCAUGUCUUGCGUCGCAUAGCGCACACACACACGCACACACAUACACACACAGAGAGAGAGAGACGGAAGCGGGAUCGUGUCGGCUGGAAUCACCUUUACACAUUAUUCUGCGUUCGGUAAAAAAGAAAACCGCGACGAAUCCGCGGAAUUUGGGCUCGACAAACGCAAAAGCCGAGCACCAGCGCAUUUCCAUCAGCCUCCAAGCACGCAACUCGAAGUAAUCAUGGGAAAGCAGAACAGCAAACUGACCCCUGAGGUGAUGGAGGAUCUUGUGAAGAACACCGAGUUUAACGAACACGAGCUGAAGCAGUGGUACAAGGGUUUCCUGAAAGACUGUCCCAGCGGCCGACUAAACCUGGAGGAGUUCCAGCAGCUCUAUGUGAAGUUUUUCCCCUACGGCGACGCAUCCAAGUUCGCUCAGCAUGCAUUCAGGACCUUUGACAAGAACAGCGACGGCACGAUUGACUUCAGAGAGUUCAUCUGCGCCCUGUCCAUCACGUCACGGGGAAGCUUUGAACAGAAGCUCAACUGGGCUUUUAACAUGUAUGACCUGGACGGAGACGGCAAGAUCACUCGAGUGGAGAUGCUCGAGAUCAUAGAGGCGAUAUAUAAGAUGGUGGGCACGGUGAUCAUGAUGAAGAUGAACGAGGACGGUCUGACACCCGAGCAGAGAGUGGACCGGAUCUUCAGCAAGAUGGAUAAAAACAACGACGACCAGAUCACACUAGACGAGUUCAAAGAGGCGGCCAAGAGCGACCCGUCCAUCGUCCUGCUGUUGCAGUGCGACAUGCAGAAGUGAGGACGCGCAUGCUAGCAUGACCCGGACUGAUCCACGCUCAUUUUCCACCCAGAGUCACUGGACUACUUUUAAACGAACUUUUAUUCUUGUGAUCCGACAACUAGUAUGCAUGAGAAUGUUAAACGCUAACGAGUUUAGAGUAUAUCCGUUUAAUUUGCGACAUGCAACAAAAACAACGCGAGACGACGUAUAAAUUAAAACCAGUCUGGUUGUUUUUUCACGCAUCCAUCGUCAGUGAAGUGCUCUGCCGUAUUUCAUUUCUAGCCGCAAUACUCGCGAACACACACACACACACUGCCGUAUUCUGAGUUUGACACCCAAACACGUCACACUUAAAUGUAACGAUGAAAAAAAUCAGUCUGUUGAACUUCAAUACUCUGAAAUUAAAAGAAAGGAGGGCCCAGAGGUUUAUGCAGCCCUCCUUCCAAACGUGCUUGUACUUGAGAAUAUAAAUGUAAAAGUUAUUUGCAUGCAUGUCCUAAGUGUAAAAAAAAAAACUUCAUUUCGGCAACCUUGACGAAUAAUACAAGGGAGGCCUUAUAUAAAUGAUAGUAUCGAUAACAAUACUAAUGUGUGAGAUUGACAUUCGUUGCUCAUUUGUCCUUUUAGAUGUCCUCCCUCGGGUGCAUGUUUCCUCUUAAAAACUGUGUGUUGUAAAAGCUUUUGGUUACCGCCUCCGUCUUUGUUGGAUUCACAAUUUUGACUUUUUUUUUGCACAAACACGAGGACCAAGGUUAUUAUAGUUAACAAAAACGAAUGAAGAAACGAAAACUUGAAUUGAAAAUAUUUCAACUUAAAUUAUAGCAAAACGUCCUUCGUUUUUGUCUUUGUAAAUGUAUUUAAUACAUAUUGUAAGCCUCGUAGAAGUAAAUCUAUUUGCCUCGCACUGCCAGUUUUACAACAGGUGUUUGACCCGCCCGGCACCUCAGAGUCUGUAAUCCUGCUGUCAUUGGCCAGAUCUAGCCGGUCCUCCUCUAGUCAUCCUCGAAAAACAAUGACUGGACAUGACAGCAGCACAGUGACAACUUAAAUACGACUCUAGCAGACACUUAAAAAUAUUAAUGUAACACAUUUGUGCCUACAAUGGGUUUUAUUUCCGUAUUAGUGAUCGCCAACGAAUCGUUCUUUUUAACUGAAUCUUCUAAGUGAACCAGUUGAACUAAUUCACCAAAUUGAACUGAAUCAUUUGAAACGAUUUGCAUCUCAGGUAAUGUUAAGCACGUAUACACAAACAACUUACUGUCUAACAUGUCUGAUAUCCCCCUCUGACUCGAAAUAAACCAAUAUAUACUGAGUUAUUCAGUUAUUAGAACAGUACACUGAGAUCAGAUUUGAGAAGCGGUGAACCGAUAACACUGCGCAUGCGUGAUUCAGCAGAGGGUGAAUCGAACACAAACAGUACAUGACAGCCUGCUGUGACUGAACUCAACUUGAACAACUGCAGCGCGGGUAAACCGAGGGCUUAAAUGAGAGGAUCUGGUGGAAAGUUUAUUUCAUAACAGAAAAUUGUGAUGGAUUUUAAAUAAGUGAAUCAAGCUUCAGUUGGGUUGCAAACUUAUCCGUUAGAAACUUUUCAGAUGAUGGUGAGGUGUUAUCUGACUGAAAGUAUAAUUGCUGACUACAUAUUUUUGAUAUGUUGAGUCUAAACAUGGAAAGAUUGUUACAAAGGAUCUGAACUUCCCAUCACUACUGUGUAUCUAACCUCAGAAGCAGCCUUGCGCACAUAUUUUACUUAAGGCUGCUCUCUUGUGGGCUGUUGUAUUUGAAUUUGAGGAUGGGUAGAUGGUAGUGUUUUUGUGUCAACAAAAAAAAAACGUAGCCCAUCUUUGGUUGAGUUUAUAUUAUACAAUAUUUAUUUGGAUGAUUUUGAAUCUUGCACCUAAUAUUCAAUUUAAUUCAAUUCAAAACUAUAAACACUAGUAAAUUUACCUCUAAAAAUCAAUUCAAAUGAACCGAAUUUGAAAACAAAAAGUCAAAAUGAAAUUAAAAACUAAAACGAAUGAAAACUCCAAAACUAUUAUAACCUUGACGAGGACCUACGUAUUUAUUUAUUCCUUUAAUUUGUUUACAUCGCACCUUUUUUGUGUUUACUUUGCACUACAUCGUCGUCACAUGCAUGAAUGGUUGCCUGUGAAUUAGUUUUCAGUAAUAAUUCUACUAAAAAGGGCAAUAUAAUACAUUUUUAGGUGCGUUUAGCAAUGAAUCUGCUUCCCCUGUUAUGACGACGACGGAAAUAAAAAGCUGAAAUGGGUUUGGUACAUGUUUACUCUUAAUACACUGCGUUUGUAUUGUACAACAGUAUUUCUACUCUACAUUUUUAACCCUGGAAGUACCCGCUUUAUUUACUUUAUCCUCCACAUUUUUGCGUUCUUCCGUCAAUCCCCUUCAGAGGCAGAGAAAAGGCACAUCUUUGUAAAAUGCAACUGGCCAAAAUGAAUAGUGUAUAUCUUUGCCCUGUAAAUAUUUGUACCUACUACGGUAAAAGCCAAAUUUAAGCAGUCAUCGACUUGUGUAAUAUGAGUUUGUGUGUUUUAUUUGUGGCAUGUCUUCAACUUGGUAUGUAACAGUUGCACUGACAACAUUGUGAUUAAAAUCAAUAAACUAUCUAUGGGUUGUUUUCAGAA